UGCAGCAGGGGUUCCUUUCCCUCCUCCAACUGUUCCUCUUCCUAUUCCCGAUCUCAAAACCCUAUUAAGCCUUCUCAAACCUCAUCAUCAGAUCAAUGGAUCCGAAACCCGUUACCAACUCCUCCUCCUCCAGUUCCGAGCAAAAUUUCUUCUGUGGAAUCGUAUCUUGUAAUUCUGUCCCAUCGAAGCGCCAACAGAGCGAUUGCGUCCCCAGUAGUUCAAUGGAUAAUCAUUCUCGUCCAUUUAAGCAAUUUGAUAUAGUUUCCAACUGCUCGGAUCAUCAUUUUGCCAAACAUACCCAGAACGUGCAAGGGCUGCCAAAUGCUUGGAUGAAGAAGAUUAUGCAAGAGUGGAAAAUUCUGGAUGCAGACUUGCCAGACAUGCCUAUUGAUACUGGUCAGGACAUGGACACAGCAAACUUGAAAAAGGUUGGCCAUAGGAACACUGUUAUUAUUUUUUAAGUUAAAUAUAAUGUACACAAAAGUGAUAUUUGUAAAUUCAUUAAAUUCACAUAUCAAUACCAAGAUCACUUCACUCAAGUUGUUUCUUCUUAAUUUUGUCAGCCGUUGUUACAUCACUUUUGCUAAACAGCUUACAGUUCAAGCAUCAAGAUGGUUUCUUCUUAAUUUUAUUAUCUCUUGUUAAGUCACUUUUCCUGAGUAGUUUGCUGUUUCAACCAUCCAAGUGCACUUGAACCAAUCUACAUUUUUCACAUACCUUGUUGCUACUAUUUUUCGAUUAUUAAUGUAAAUGGUCAUUUUCUGUUUAUAUC